GCAAUGCUUGCUUUUGAUUCUCUACGAUGGUGCACGACUCAUAGGGUAUCUUUCAGCACCGCGGUGUGAUGUUGAUAUAGCGGAGCGAACUAUGAGAGAAAAACUCAUGUUCUAGAAAAACAAUGAGAUAACAAAUGAGUAACGUCUAAGUAAACAUAUGAUCAAACAUGUAUUUAUAGGCAUGGUCAAGGUGAAACUUAGUAUGGUGAAUAGAAGAUACUCAGUUUAUCACCUCACCAAACUGAAAGUUGGACUCCUCUUGGGCCUAUUCAAGCGAGGUCCAUUACUUCCUCUCAUCACCAGUGUGUUGCAGUGAGCCAUUGCCUUACGCAUAAACCCUGAAACUCUAGAACUGUCUGUCAACCCUCCUUGCCUGCAAUCUCAUUUCUUCGAUGUAACACUGAUCGCUGUGUUUCUAUGCAAAAUUUUCAUGCUACAUUGUGAUAAUUCAUCAAGUAAAUUGAAUAUUUUUUAUUUUUAACGUUAUCUAUUUGCCUUUAUUCAUCUUUUGAUGUUUGAUUUAUAGUGUGAAAAUGUCACUGGGAGAGGUUGCUUGCAGCUACUCACUCAUGAUCCUUAAUUGAAUUGAUGAUAACAUCGCCAUCACUAGUGAGAAGAUUUCAACUUUGUUGAAAGCUGCAAAUGUACAAGUUGAAGCUUAUUGGCCAAGCUUAUUUGCUAAACUUGCUGAGAAGAAAAGCAUUGAGGAUUUGAUGUCGAGCGCCGUCGGAGGUGGUGCUUCUGUUGCUGUUUCAGCCCCUGCUGCUGCUGCUUCUGGUGGCGGAGCUGCCGCUGCAGUCGCUCCUUCUACUGAGGAGAAGAAGGAAGAACCCAAGGAAGAGAGUGAUGAUGAUAUGGGAUUCAGCUUGUUUGACUAGAGGCAAAUGCAAUCCUAGUAUGAUCUGAUCUAUUUUUUGUAUUGGGUAAUGGGUGCUUACUCAUUUACUCGAUGGAUUUUGUGGGUCUCAAUUUUGUUUUGGUUGCAUUAGUAGGUGAUGAUUUUAUUGUGUUCUAACUUGGGAAGAUAGUCUGUAUCCCUUUUUGAAAAUUACGAUUGAGAAAUCAUCUAUGAUGUAUCUCCUGCUCUAGGCUGUGAAAAUGUGUUAUGUGUAGGUCUCACUUUCUAUCAUAUUGCUAAUCAGUUUAUAGUUGGAUUGAUGGUUAAUUCAUUGUAUAAUUUCUUAGUGAUUUAAAUCAGUUUAACAAAUAAGUUUGUUUUUGACAACAAUUGCUAAAUUGUACUAUGCUAUGGAAUGGGUUCCCCCCAUCUCACAUGUGAAAUUUUAACA